GAAAAUCAUCAACUUUUAUGAGUUUAUAUAUCACAUUGCGUUUGCAAUUAUCCACAUUAUCCACAUAUUCCACAUUGCCUUUUAAGGUCGCAUGUAGCGCUUUCAUUUUCCAUUUGAUUCUUGUGUAAUUGCAAUGCCUGGUGUACCAUCUGGACGUGGAUGCGAAGCGUGUCGCAAACAGAAGAAGAAGUGUGAUCAAGUCCAGCCAUCAUGUUCACGAUGUAUUCGACUAUCAAUUUCAUGCGUAGGUAGUGGGGUUAGGCGUUACAAAUUUGUAUCUGGCUCCACCGACUCUACCGUAACAACUAGCUCCACAACUACGAAGCACAACAGCCAUGCACUCGACACUACCCGUAAAAAAAUACUCCGAAUGCCUGGCAACAGAACUAUAUCCGUGGCGGGCUCAUUCAUAUCCGUUCUCGAAGUAAAAGAUAUUCGCUACGAUAUUGGGGUCUAUGGAACAUUUCUCACAGAGAUCCCUAAACGUCUGGGGACUAGCGCCGCGCUAGAUGCAUCGGUUAAUGCCAUUUCGACGUCAUAUACAUCAAUAUAUUCACGAAAGAAACCAGUAGAGGCGCUUGAGAAUUAUGGGAGGGGGUUAAAGGCGUUGAGGGUUGCGUUGAAUGAUCCGAAAGAGGCUGCUGAAGCGAAUACCAUUUGUGCCUUUUACUUGAUGAUGAUUUGUCAGACUUGGAUGGCUCACAGUGAUGAUAACGCUAACCAUGGAGAAAUAUUAAUAUAUUUGUUGAAUGCAGCUGCGGCGCAAAAUUGGCAAGGUGCCUUUGAAGCAGAGCUCUUGGUAACCUUAUGUGUCCCUCUGAUCAUGGAAGGAAUCAGAAAUCCUAGGGUUAGAUGGACCCCAGUACUAGGAAAACUAACCGAAGCUCGAGAUAAUGCCAUCGGGAUUGAAAGCCUCAAACUUCAGACUCUGGCCAAAGUCCCAGAUUACUUAAGAUAUCCAAAAGAAUAUCUUCCUGAAAUUGAAUCCACAUACACUCAAAUGAAAAUUGACAUCUCAACCAUGCGAAAUUCUCUGAACAAACUCGGUCAAGCCCCAAAUACCAGAACACUACAUUCACGCUUUCAAGCCGCGUAUAGUCUGAUACUUUCAUUUGCAAACCUGCUAAACAGCUUAAUUCGUGUCUUCUCGGAAGAUCAUACAUCUUUGAUUCCGGAAUCCGUGUGCUAUGUUGGCGAAACCAUCCUUCUUGCUGAAGAGGCACUUGAGUAUCGACCAUUAGGAUCGAGUGCCAUGCCAUUGGUUCUUACAACUGCUUGGGUAGCGACGAGUGAUAUAUCUCGGAGAAUUAGGAUAGAAAAGCUGCUGAUAGAAUACCAAUCCGAUUUCGCCAUUAUGAAUUGGAUGGAAGUUGCUGAGUGGUUAGAAGAAAGGUUAAGAGAUAUCCACCUAUCAUUUCAGGGCUUUGGUGUUGCGACACCGUUGAGGAUCACUUAAGAUUUGGGACGAUUGAGACGUGGGAAUUGAACUGCAGAAAUUGUUUGGCAGAGUCCGCGAUGAGGAUGAGGUCCUCAAAUACGAUUACGGCCUGAGGGCUUGAGCAGGUUUUACGCUUGGUGUAAAGGUAGAAAGUGGAUAAUGCAGAUGCCAUACCCAUCAUUUGUGAAAAAAGUAACCAGCCGGACAAUGGUGAACCUUAUCAAAAGCAAUAGGGAGCCAAAAUAAGUUCAUUAUUCCAUUUUCCGUUUGGUGAAUUCUUGAACAAGAUAUCCAGGAUCGUUUCUGUGGUUUCCCCUUUUGAGUCAAGUGAGUUCUCAAAUAAAACAACAAUAACUCUAUUCUGUUUGCGCGCGACCUCCA